AUGGGGAAGGGAUGGAACAAUUUUUCGAUUGGAAAUAGGCUAUCUGAAGGAGAUGCAUGUGUAUUUGAGUUUCAUAACUACACAAAAGGAAAUACAUUGAAUGUUCGCAUCACUAAAAAGUCUGACUUCGAGAAACACGGUUACUCGUUGAUCAAAACUAAGAGACGGAUUAAAUACUUGGGUCCUGAAGUUAAACUGCUGCCAGGCUCUAAGAUUGAUUGCCUGACAGCUCCUGCAGAAAAUAGAGCCAUACAAUCAACUGAUGCUUUCAAGUCCAAGUAUCCUACAUGCAAUUUAACUAAAGCCAUACAAGCAGCUAAUGCUUAUCCUUCAUGCGAAGUUAUCAUGAGACCAUCUUAUUUGCGUAAAGGGUGUGUUGGGCCUCCUCUGCCUGCUCAAUUUGCAAAGCCUUUUCUAACAAAGCAAAGUCAGAUUGUCACUCUGAGGGUUUCAGAUGGGAGAAUGUGGGAUGUUAAAUGUACUACAUCAUCUUUUCCACACUAUCAAGCUCACUUACUGAAGGGAUGGUAUGAUUUCGUGUUGGGCAAUCAUCUGAAGGAAGGUGGCGUGUGCGUGUUUGAGCUAGUUGAUAUGGAUAAUCUUGAGAUGAAUGUUACCAUUUUCCGAGUCAAUUCUACAAGUUAA